AUGUGUAGUGGAAUGGGUUGCGUGCUGCGUGGGGUGGCUGGAGUAGCGGGUGGCGGUGCCGGGUGGCGGUGCAGGGUGGCGGCGCGCGGCUGGCGCGGCGGGCGCGGCGGGCGGCGGCCGGGCGCGCGGCAGUCGCACGCCAGCACGUGCGCGCACCGCCCUCGCGCCGCCCGAGCCGCCGGCGUCCGGUGCCCGCCGCGCCACCCGCGCCCUCUUAACCCAACGCGCUCAAUAUUUCCACAAGAUUACUAUUCCUCCUGUAAUAAUCUACGUAAGACGAUUUUCGGUUUACAUCCUUAUUGA